GUAUCUUACGUUAUGUCUCCUCGCUCCGGCCGGCUAUAAGGAAAAGCAAGACGAUCGAGACACUCCAGCUACCAGCAGCUCGCUCAGUCCCAAGCUCAUCCUCACAAUGGCCUCCGCAAAGCAGCUCGUCGCCGUCGCCGUCGUGGCUUUCCUGCUCGCCGCCGCGUCCGGCCGCCGGCAGCCGGUGCACCUGCGGCUGUACAUGCACGACGUCAUGCGCGGGCCGGGGACGACGGCCAUCCACCUCAUCCACGGCGUCGGGCCGCCGCACGACAUCGAGCGGGGCGGCUACUUCGGCGACACUGCGGCGAUCGACGAUGUCGUCACGGAGGAGCCCGACGUCGGCUCGCCGGCCGUCGGCCGGGCGCAGGGCACCUACAUGCUGGCCUCCCAGCACGAGGAGGUGCUCGUGGUCGCCGUCACCGUCGCGCUCACCGCGGGGCCGUACAACGGCAGCACCUUCUCCGUGGCCGGCCGCGUCGGGGUCUACGACGACAAGGCGGAGGCCGCGGUGGUCGGCGGCACGGGCCGGCUCCGGCGCGCCGCCGGCUACCUGACAUGGAGGAUGGUCAAGCUGGUGGUGUCCGAGGGGUACGUAAUGGUGGAGCUGGACGUGCACAUGUCCGUGCCGGUGAGCGCCGCCGCGGCUGCCGGUGGCAAUUGGCCGGUCAUCUGUUGUGGUCGAGUACUAGGCCGGCUAGCACAAAGAAAGAAAUAUGCUCGUGGCAACUGGUAGGUCAUCUUUUGCGAUCGAAUAACAGCACAGAUUGCAAGCUUCUUGCAAUCUUGGCUGAAUUGCUGGUCAAUCUUGCAUUGGCUCCAAGCUAUUAGCUUGUUGAUGUGCAAGUUCUCCACAUCCAUCCCGGCCCUUGGAUUUCCUCGAAAUCGAAUCACCCCACCCGGUUGUUA